UUCUCUGUUGCUGUAUAUUUGUCACCUGCUCAGGACCCAAUCUCACAUCACUAUGGCACUCACAGAGACCACAACAUUUUUCCUUCUCUUUGGACUAUUGAUUAAUUCAGUCUGCAGUGAAAAUGUACAAUGUGACAAUAUAUUGAAUGGUACCCAGAAUAAUAAUAAUAACACCCAGAACUAUACAAUCAGUUUGUCGCCUAAUGUAAUUCAAGCCAAUCAGACAUACACAGUGACGGUUACUGGAAGUGGAAAUGUUACCGUUUUGCUUCAGGCGACCGCCAACUCAAUGCAAGUGGGGAACUGGUCAUCAGGAGACACUGACUGUAAUGGGAGCCCCUUGUUCAAUGAUCCUUUUAAGUCUGAAAACUCUUCUUUGAUUGCAAAUUGGACUUUAGCUAAUGCUGUGGAUUCAGUUACAAUAAGUGCUAGCAUCCUAAAUGGGACUGAUUUAUUCAAGAUUUCUGAAGUGCUGAGUUCACCUGUGACAUCAGCACCUGAUACCAAUCAAACCACAACUAAAGCUCCAGAUUCGACUCUCAACCCAAACUCUACAGUUACUACUAUUCCACAAACUACAAAUGCAGUCUCUGCACAACAAUCAUGUUCCACGUUGUUUGCCUUAGUUCAGACAGUCGGUCUGCUUUUCAUCACAAGCAAAACCUUAUUGUAAAGGGGAUUUACUGGACAUCAUUAUGGAUUUUUACCGUUGGGGGAAAUGUGGAAUCAUUCAUAUGUUAUGUAUUGCAUAAACUAAGUUAGCUAGCACUAUGGCUAUAAAGAACCAGGGUCUUUGUUAUCAAGAUGCAAAAUGCCACUCUCAUGGGUCAGCCCAAGAAUGUGGCACAUAAUCAAUUAAACAAACUUUAAGUUCAACAAUUCCUUCUACUUAUAUCAUAAAAAAGUAAACUUUGUCAACAAUCUUAACCUUAACUAUACUCCUAACUGUAAGCCAGAGACCUGACUCUUACAACUUCCACUAACGCAUAAUACAUCACUUUGUCCAAAUUGUUUAAAAAUGGCCCAUUACUGUGACAGAAUUGUUGCAAACAUAACACGAUGACAGCAACGUUUGUCUCUGGAAUAUUGUGGCAAAAAGUGACUGAGGCAACAAACGCCUUUCCAAAAUGAGUAACUGCUACAGCAGACAAAAACCAGAAAACAUUUUACUCAUCUUGGUCUUAGUUAAUUUGUAGAAUCUAAAAUGACUGCACUAAAGAUUGAAAAUUGCAUAGAUUAAUAUAAAGUGUAUGUCUGAUCUGGUUGCUAUUAUGUACAUGUUAUAUAUAAUAAAAAGGUGUGUGUAUAUAUAUAUAUUUAACACAUAGAAAGUCUGGCACUCUCUCACAAGCACACAGCUAGAUUAAAAGCAAAAUGGAAAAGUUAGUUACAACAUUUGGCCAAAUGGUAAUAGGCACAUGUACUCAAACCAGACUGGGUACACAUCCUAUUACCACGCAAAACUCACAGCCGUGGGUGCUCACCAGCACUCUCAGACAGCUGCACAGCUUUCAGGGACUUAGGCAAAUAACCUCAGACAAGACUGAGUGCAAAGUCAAUAGUGAAAAUAACAAAAUUAUUAACACAACACAUAGAAAAGUCUGGCACUCUCUUGCCAGCACAAGCUAGAUUAAAAGCAUAUACACAUUCACACACACACGCAUACACAAUUAUUAUUUUUUGUUGGUGAAAUUUCUUAUUAAGUAAUAUUAGUGGGAAAACAGGAAGUGUUCUUCCCAGACAUGAACACUAAUUAUAACUUAAUAAUAUAUGGGAUAAAAUCUGUAGAUAUUGGUUAUAUUAUGUAGAUAUUGGUUAAUAUUAUCCAUAAUGUUACUAAUACCAAAGAAUGAAAUUAAGGAUUUGUUCCCACAAAGAAGCACUUAAUGUUUUGCACUAGUCAUAUAAAAACAUUGUAUGCAAAAUAGCUCUUGGAAUAGACACAAUAUAUGUCAAAACUUUUUAAAUGAAAUGAUAAAUGUAUAUUUUAUUAAGGCAUGCAUGUAAAUUAUAUAUCUUUAAUAAAGAAAUGCAUCUUUAUA